AUGAAGGACAGUGUAGUUAGUGAUGAAGAACGACAACAUGAGGGACAAUGUAGAAAUAGUGCUGCCACAACACAUAGCUGUACAAGUAGCACGUGCUCUAAUCACGGCACGUGCGAUCCAGCAAAUAAUGCCCAAGGUUACAUUUGCAAUUGUAUUAGUGGCUUCACCGGAACACACUGUGAAUUAAACCACUAUUGCGGUCACAGUCACCCACCGUGCCAGAACCACGGAACAUGUCGUCAUCAGAAUACAAGUCCAUAUUAUCACUGCUAUUGCCCUAAGAAUUUUACAGGAAACAAUUGCGAAAAACCUGCCAUCACAACAACUGCAGCAACGUCAGCUUGCAAGUUUAACCACUGCUAUCAUGGCGGAACUUGUCAUGAAGCCAGUAAUCACGAUGGCUACACGUGCUCGUGUCUGUCCGGGUUCACAGGAUCAAAGUGCCAAUAUAACCAUCACUGUGACAAUAACCCGUGCAAGAACAACGGAGUAUGUCACUUGCGAAACAAUGAUCCAUACUACAUUUGCACGUGUCCUACAAACUACACUGGGCCAACGUGCGAAAAAACAACGGCAUGCAUCAAUAGCCCGUGCAUGAACGGCGGGGCUUGUCACGUGUCGACACGGCAUCCAUAUUAUUAUUGCAGAUGUGCGACGGGCUUUGAAGGCGACCACUGUCAAACUGUGGCUCCAUGCCAUGGGGUUUCAUGUUUUCAUCACGGUGUGUGUAAGUCUUCCACCAACAGCAGUAACUUCGUUUGUCUGUGUCUGCAUGGCUUUUCUGGGACAAACUGUGAAAAGAACACAAAUUGUGAUAGAAACCCGUGCUUAAAUGGUGGCACGUGUCAUGCGAGUUUCUCUGUACCACACUAUAAAUGCACGUGUCCAAAAGGGUAUUACGGUAGCAGGUGUGAAUACAUCGACGCAUGCGCAUCAGACCCAUGCCCUUCCGGAAACACGUGUGUGAAAGAUCAUUCUGGGUAUCACUGCAACUGUUUUAACCAGGCACUAUGCAAUCAACACGAAGUCGAUCAUUGUGCAAGUAGUCCGUGUCAUAACUUUGGGCGGUGUUACAAUACAAGUACUGCACCUUACUUCCGGUGUGCAUGUCGCGGAUAUUUUUCUGGUGAUACGUGUACAGAUGUCCCGGUUCAGGACUGCCACAAUGUGAAUGAAUGCGACAAUCUUCAUCCUUGUAAAAACAAUGGACAGUGUCACAUGGCAACGAAAGCGCCGUACUACUAUUGCGAUUGUCCUGUCGGGUAUACCGGACCGAACUGUGAAACACAUGCAUGUGAUAAACGACCUUGCAGUCAAGGGAUAUGUGAAAAAACAAACAGUAAUCCUUACUACACGUGUACUUGUAACCAAGGCUAUUUCGGCAACACCUGCCAAUAUGCCAGUUGUCCAGUAAACCGGUGUCUCAAUGGCGGAACUUGUCAGCCGCUUGACCAUAAACCGUUUUAUUUAUGCACAUGUCCAAAGCCGUACAUAGGGAGGAGGUGCCAAAAAGUUAAAACAACAACAACAACGACCACGACAACAACAACGACGACAACAACAACAACCACCACGACGACGAUGAAACCAACAACAACAACUGUCAAAACAACAACGGUAAUGCCAACGCAAACAGGUCCAGUGUGCUUGUCAUGCAGUGACGUCGUGUCUCCACAUACAUGUGAAUUCAUUCAGUAUUGUGGCGUCCAUGAGGUAACUAUUUUUGAGUGA